AUGGCGAAGAAAUCUAAGAAGAAUCAACAAAACUACUGGGACGAAGAGUAUGAGCAAGAUGCUCCUCAAGAGACCACCCCAGCUCCAGAAGAAAGCCCUGCAGUUGAAGGUUCCGUUGAGCCUAGUGAGGCAUCUGCUUCAGUUGAACCAGAGGUUGCAGAUGCAUCCGCUAUCGAGGAAGAUUUCAUGUCUACUUUGAAGAAAUCGAAGAAGAAGCUAACCAAGAAGGAAGAAGAGGAUGCCAAGAAGCCUAUCUUGAAGUCCAAGAAGGAGAAGGAGAAGGAGAAGAAGGAGUUAGAGAAGCAAAAGAAGAAGGAGCAAGCUGCGAAGAAGAAGGCGCAACAGCAGGCUCAAAAGGAAGCUAACAAGAAGCUGCAUGCGGAACAAAGUACCAAGCUGAAGGCUGAGAAGGAGGCCACCAAGGCUCCAUCUUCUGGAUCGCAACCAAAGGCAGCACCAAAGAAGAAGGUUCCAGCUGGUCUUGCAGCAUUGAAGCGUCAAUUGGAAUUGCAAAAGCAACUUGAAGAGGAAGAAAGAUUGGCUAGAGAAGAAGAAGAAAGACUAGAGAAGGAAGAGGAAGAAAGACUGGCCAGAGAAGAACAAGAGAAGGAAGAGGCUAGAAGACUAAAGCGUGAAAAGGAACAAGCCAAGCGUGAAAAGUUGAAGGCUGAAGGUAAGUUGUUGACCAAGAAGCAAAAGGAGGAAAAGAAACUUCUUGAAAAGAGACGUGCUGCUCUAUUGGCCGCCGGUAACAUCAAGGUUGCUGGUUUGGAGAAGGCAUCUGGUGAACAACAAAAGCCAAAGAAGGUUGUUUACGGUAAGAGAGUCAGAAAGUCCAAGGAACAAAUCGAAGCUGAAAAGGCUGCCGAAGAAGAGAAGAAGAGAGCCGAAGAAGCUAAGAAGUCUGGUGCUGCUGAAGAAGACGAAGAUGAAGAAGCUUUGGUCGAUGACUGGGAAAACCUAGCUCUUGAUGAAGAUGAAGGCGAAGAAGAAACCGAAGCUAAUGCUGAAAAUGGCGACAACGAAGAAUCUGACGGUACUUCUACUGCUCAACCUUCUACCUCAGCUACUCCUGCUCCAGAAUCUUCUUCCGAAGUUGUGAAAAACUAUGCCCCAGAAACCAAGACUUUCAAGAAGUCUGCCGCUGCUGCUGCUGCCACUAAGAAGGAUUUGCGUUCUCCUAUCUGUUGUAUCUUGGGUCAUGUCGAUACUGGUAAGACAAAGUUGUUGGAUAAGAUUAGACAAACCAAUGUCCAAGGUGGUGAAGCCGGUGGUAUUACUCAACAAAUUGGUGCCACAUACUUCCCUAUCGAAGCUAUUGAACAGAAGACCGCUGUCAUGGCCAAGUACGAAGAACAAACCUUCGAUGUCCCAGGUUUGUUGGUUAUCGAUACCCCAGGUCACGAAUCUUUCACUAACUUGCGUUCUAGAGGUUCUUCUCUAUGUAACAUUGCAAUCUUGGUUAUCGAUAUCAUGCAUGGUCUAGAACAACAAACCCUUGAAUCUAUUAGAUUGUUGAGAGACAGAAAGGCUCCUUUCAUUGUUGCAUUAAACAAGAUCGAUAGAUUGUACGACUGGAAGACUACUCCAAACAACUCUUUCAGAGACUCCUUUGAAAAGCAAGACAGAGCUGUCAAACAAGAGUUCCAAACCAGACUAGACAAUAUUAAGGUUGCCCUAGCCGAACAAGGUUUGAACUCCGAACUAUACUUCCAAAACAAGAACUUGGCUAAGUAUGUUUCUAUCGUUCCAACCUCUGCUGUCACCGGUGAGGGUGUUCCAGAUUUGUUAUGGUUAUUGCUUGAAUUGACUCAAAAGAGAAUGUCUAAGCAAUUGAAGUACUUGUCUCAUGUCGAAGCUACCAUUUUGGAAGUUAAGGUCGUCGAAGGUUUCGGUACAACCAUCGAUGUUAUCUUAUCUAACGGUUACUUGAGAGAAGGUGAUAGAAUUGUGUUAUGUGGUUUGAACGGUCCUAUCGUAACGAAUAUCAGAGCAUUGUUGACACCUCAACCGUUACGUGAAUUGCGUUUGAAAUCUGAAUAUCAACAUCAUAAGGAAGUUAAGGCUGCUUUAGGUGUUAAGAUUGCUGCUAAUGAUUUGGAAAAGGCCGUUUCUGGUUCGAGAUUAUUAGUUGUUGGUCCAGAUGACGAUGAGGAAGAUUUAAUGGAUGAUGUUAUGGAAGAUUUGACUGGUCUUCUAGAUUCUGUCGACACAUCUGGUAAGGGUGUUGUUGUCCAAGCAUCUACUCUAGGUUCUUUGGAAGCCUUGUUGGACUUCUUGAAGGAUAUGAGAAUUCCAGUCAUGUCUGUUGGUCUAGGUCCAGUAUAUAAGCGUGAUGUCAUGAAGGCAUGUACAAUGUUGGAAAAGGCACCUGAGUUAGCUGUUAUGCUAUGUUUCGAUGUCAAGGUUGACAAAGAAGCUGAACAGUACGCUUCCGAACAAAACAUCAAGAUUUUCAACGCUGAUAUUAUCUAUCACUUGUUCGAUGCCUUCACAGCUUAUCAAAAGGAUUUGCUUGAAAAGCGUCGUGCUGAAUUCAUGGGUGAUGCUAUCUUCCCAUGUGUUCUAAAUACCUUGCAAAUCAUUAACAAGCGUGGUCCAAUGAUCAUUGGUGUGGACGUUAUCGAAGGUUCUUUGCGUAUCGGUACUCCAAUCUGUGCUGUAAAAUACGAUCCAACAACCAAGGAAAGAACUCCUUUGUUACUUGGUAAGGUUGUGUCUUUGGAAAUUAACCACCAAGCUGUCACAGAAGUCAAGAAGGGACAAACCAAUGCAGGUGUUGCUAUGCGUCUAGAAGACCCAUCCGGUCAACAACCAAUUUGGGGUCGUCAUGUUGAUGAAAAGGAUACUCUAUAUUCAUACAUCACCAGAAGAUCCAUUGAUACAUUAAAGGAUCCAGCUUUCAGAGAUCAAGUUCCAAAAUCCGACUGGAUGUUGCUACGUAAAUUGAAACCAGUCUUCAAUAUCGAAUAG